AUGCCGCCGGCAGAGGGGGCCGCGCAGGCGGAGCGAGGGGACGCACCACACGGUGGAGGCGCUUCCGUGCGCGACUUCAUGGUCUACGAGGUCUGGGAAGGAAACGAGCGGUUCUUCUGCGGCGGGCGCUGCGUCGCCGGGCCGGACUUCAAGAUCAUGCCGGUGACCGCCAUCCUGGUGGUGCUCCCAACGGUGGUCAUGGCCGCGAUGGUGCACUCGGAGACGGACGCGUGGGGCAGCGCGUCGUACGCCCUGACGCCGAUCACCGCGAUCUGGGGCGCCCUCAUCGUCUCCCUCAUCGUGCGCACCGGCUGCAUGGACCCCGGCAUCAUUCCGCGCCGUCCCGCCGACAUGCCCCCGGCGCUCGAGUCCGGCAUGGCGCGCGCGUACGAGGUCCCGGUGAACGGCGGGCGGCCGGUGAUCGUGCGGUACAACGACACGUCGCGGAUCUUCCAGCCCCCGCGCGCGCACCACUGCUCGGUGAACGACAACUGCUACGACCGCUUCGACCACCACUGCCCGUGGAUAGGUACCACGGUUGCGCGGCGCAACUACCGCCCCUUCCUCCUCUUCGUCUUCUCCACAUUCUUCUUCGUGAUAUACGGCGCCGUCACCUGCGCGCUGCACCUCCGGCUCCUCGCCAACCACCGCAGCGACGCCGGCGAGGCCGCGUCCUUUGGCAAGGUCAUCUCCGAGCCCAGCGGCGCCGCGGCGCUCGUCCUCCUCAUCUACGUCCUCCCCGCCGCUACCUUCGUCUUCCCCCUCACCUUCUUCCACAUCUUCCUCGUCAGCGGGUACCGCACUACGUAUGAGAACUUCCGGUAUAACAGGGACACGCACCCGUACGGGCUGAGGUCGAUUUGGGCCAACUGGCUGGCGGUGUGCUGCUCUCCGCUGCCGCCGCCGCGGAUCAACUUCCGCGCGCCCGCGCCGGAGCAGCGCAAGCUGACGUGGUGGCGUCCGGGGGACCCGUGGCACCAGGCCGGGUGCAGCAUCGACGAGGAGGAGCCACCACCGGGCGACGAACAGCCGCCGGCGCAGAGGCCCCCGAGCGACAGCGGGCGCGACAAGGCGGCGCAUACCACGCACAGCAUGCCUGCGGGCGGCGCCGGGGGCACGCAGGAGCGCAAGCAGCACGUCAUGUCGGAGCACAACCGCGCGGGCAACGACGCGGGGGCGGACCGAGGGGACGCGCAGGAGAUCGUCGACGACAGGUUGGCAGAGGGGGGUUCAAUACCGAACGUGCCCCCUGCGGGGUGGGCGACGGCGGCCGGCGCUUCGAGCGAGCACCAGCGGAGACAUGAGCAGUACGAGAUGAUGCGGUUGGAGCAACGGGGGGCGCGGGAUGCGCAGCGGUCCGCGCAGGGCGGCCAGCGCGCGGCUGGGGCGCUGCGGAGUGAGGGGUCCUCGACGCGGGGCCCCGGGGACGUCGAGUAUGAGGAGGGUGGUAGGCGUUGA